AUGGCAUCGACCAAGAACACCUCUCCCGACAUCGGCUACACUUUCCCUCCUUUUGAGAGCUGCCAUCUGUUCUAUGACAGCCCCAGGGUAGUCUAUGGGGAUUUUUCGAUUGCGAUGGAAAGAAAGAUGAACGCGGAAUUCCUGUCUGCUGACCUCAAAAAUCCAGCACUCAAUCUCUUGACACCUUCGGUGGUGCUAGAGGUGUCGAAGGAAGUCAAGUUCGGGCAACAUGUCCAGCUUUACUGGCUUAUGGAGAACCUCGAAUUCCCUGGGUUUGGCCGGAUCCCUAUUCACCAUCACGUCAAGGAUAUGACAUCUCAGCGCUUUAUUAGGCUAGAUGAUGAGAUCAGUGUCAAUAUGCAGAGCAGCUCGCAAUAG